UCUUUUUUUUUAAUAAUAAUAAAUUGAUAUCAUGAAUCGUGGACCUAUUGUAUUAACUAUUGAUGAAGCUGAAUAUUUAUUGGAUCAACUUCCUCUACCUGAUAAAGAUGAAGAAGAAUUAGUAACUAAAUUACGUACUAGAUUACAAGAAUUAUUAGCAGAUUUACGUAAAGGAGCUGAAGGUAGCUCUUAAAAAAAGACGGUGUUUUGAUUGGUGUAUUUGCAUGAAUGGAAUACAUAAGAUGAACACCAACCAAAAAAAGUUUGAUGCGGGUCUAGAAUCUAUCAAACAGCCUUUUUUUUUCAUUCAACACCAAUAAAAGAUUACUCUUUCUUUUUUUCUUUCUCUCUCUU